AUGGCCGCUCCAUUUUCUCCUAGUAUAAUGGAUGCGCCCCUCCCAAGGGAUUUUAGGUUGCCCGCCAUCAAGGCCUACACUGGGACUUCUGACCCGCGUGUCCACAUGACAAGGUACAAGGUAGCCAUGGUAAUGACCGGGGCAGGCGACGCCAUAAUGUGCAGAGCAUUUUUGACCACUCUGGAUGGAACAGCCCAAGAUUGGCUCAACACGAUUCCGGAUGGUUCGAUCCAAAACUUUGCGGAGUUGUCCAAACAUUUCUUGACUUAUUUCUCUAGGCAUAUACAACAUAAGAAACCAUUUUCACAUCUUUACGGAGUAAAACAGGACAUCGACGAAAGCUUAAGAAAUUUCUUAAGCAAAUGGAAGACGGAAGUCAACAAUGUGUGCGACUUCGAUUCUAAGGCGGCAAUCCUCAUGUUCAUCCAGGCAUUGAGGUCAGGCAAUUUUCAUAGACAGCUGAACACUCACCCUCCACACUCCUAUGAGGAGCUAAUGAGGAUAGCAAACCGCUAUGCUGAGGCCGAGGAGGCUGAUAGAAAGAAGAAAGAUGAGGAAGAGGGCAGGAGGAGUGAACGACCUGACAAAGUUGGUCCGACCAACCACGCACCACACCCAAACCAGUUAUCCACAACGAAGGAGAAAGUUCAAGAAAGGCCUCGGCUCACUCCACCGCGACACUUAACACCUCUUACUCACCCGGUUAGCGUGAUUCUAAAUCACGCCGAGGAGAUGGGAAUGGUGCAUUUUCCCUCAGAGUGUAUGGCAGUUUCUACGUGCGAGGACCAAACCAAGUACUGUCGGUUCCACCAACAAGUUGGACAUGAUACCGAUGAGUGUCAUGCUUUAAAAGGACAAGUAGAGGAACUGGUGCGGAGCGAAUACUUCACUCAAUUCAUUAAGUACCCGGGACAGUACCAGCAUCAACAAGGCCUACCCGAGGAGGAAAUGACAGCCCUUGAAGAUAAUCAGACUUGGGAUCUUGUCCAUCUCCUAACCAGGAAAGUUGCGAUUAGUUGUAAAUGGGUUUAUCUUGCCAAGACAAACCCCGAUGGUUUUGUGGCUCGACUUAAAGCGAGUUUGGUGGCUAAAGGAUAUGCACAAACUUAUGGGGUUGAUUACACAAAAACCUUCUGUGGUUGCUAA